GGCAGCCUCCAUGAAAAUGAAAUUUUGGAUACGAUAAAAUUUUAACAUUUUGUCGCUUUUUCUUUGACUAUAGACACGGAUAAUUACCAAAGAUCAUUUUACAACAAAGCCUAUAUCAUAUAGAAUGGGCAAAAGUGGAAAAUCUCACAGGGAGGAGUCCCACGGCCACGGUCAUCAUCAUGGGAAAGGGCAUCGAGGAGGGCAUCACGGCCAUGGAGCAGCAAAACACAGACGUGAUGAUCGUGACCGCAAAAAUCAACAUGGCAUUGAUGAGAAAGACAAUCGCAGGCGAGAAAGAGAUAAUGAAGAUAGGUUUACUGCAGCUGGGAGAGAUGGAGCGUGCGGUGAAGCAGAACUUUGGGACAAAACUUCAGAUAAAUACAAAGUGCCAUAUCCACUUGCCAUGUGGGAUCUGGAACAUUGUGAUCCAAAGAAAUGCUCGGGAAGAAAGCUGGCACGUUUAGGCUAUGUUUCAACUCUUAGACUACAGCAACGAUUCAGUGGCCUUAUUCUAUCACCUGUUGGAACCAAGUGUGUGGCGCCUGAAGACAGAGAAAUAGUCGAAGAAAAGGGCAUAGCUGUUGUAGAUUGUUCCUGGGCGAAGCUCGAGGAGACACCAUUUGCGAGAAUGAAAGGAACCCAUCCAAGAUUACUUCCAUAUCUAGUUGCUGUAAAUCCUAUCAACUACGGCCGUCCCUGCAAACUAAGCUGUGUUGAGGCGUAUGCAGCUACUUUUUACAUUGUUGGAAUGAAGGAACAUGGUGAUACGCUACUCAGACAGUUCAAGUGGGGACAUUCGUUCUUUGAAGUAAAUCGUGAAGUUUUGGACAAGUAUGCUGCCUGUACGACAUCGGCUGAAGUAGUGGAAGCCCAGGAAGCAUACCUCGAACAGAUAAAGAGGGAAGAUGCAGAAGGAAAGUUGGAGGAUCUGACAGAUAUAGAUCUCACACAAGAUAAUUAUAAUCCAAACAGAAACGUUGGUCUUCUUCCACCCUCGGAGUCUGAGAGUUCUGAAGAAGAAGAAACAGAUGAGGAAGAAGACAAAGUGGAAGAUGAAGAAGAAUCUGAUGAAGGAGAUGAUGAUGAAGACAAAGGUUGUGCUACUGAAGCGAAGGACAACAGGAAAGAAGGGACAUCUAGUGGUCAUGAGACACUUGAUCAAGAGACAGAUGUACAGGAUGAUGGUGCUUCUCGUGAACUUCGUGAUAAAUUGGAAGACAGUUUGCUGACAAAUUUGAAAUUGACUGAUGAACAGACUUUUGGUGAUUCAAAAGAGAGCUGAUAAGUGCAUACAGAAAAGCAGAUGUUACUGCCAGGCCAGGAUGGAGUUCAGAGUUCUUAGGGGAAAGCACUUCAUAAUAUGAUAUGUAUUGGGAAGUGACAAAGAAAACUAAACAGCUGCUAUUGGUUGAAAACAAGUUUUGCAUCUCAAUUUGGUUCCACUUCUUCUUUCAUUCUUGUAAGACUAAGCAAAGUUGUGACAGUCACACUCCCACUGU